AUGCGUAGAGUAUUGGCCAAUGCUUUCAGUACUUCUGUUUUGAAGGGUCAAGCCGAUGUCAUUAACAAGUACUUGGACAUGUUUGUUAGCCAGAUCAAGAAGUUCGAUAACCCAGAUGGUAUUCGGGUGGAAGAAUGGUUCAACUGGUUGACCUUCGAUAUUAUCGGAGACUUGACCUUCCAUGAAUCUUUUGGUGCAGUCGAAAACGCCCGGACGCAUUUUUGGAUUCAUUUGAUCAUCAACGGCAACUUUAUUCGCAGUCUCUACCCAAUUUUUCAGAAGAUUCCUAUUAGUAGACUGUUCAUGAAAUGGAUUAUUCCAAACAUGGACGAUAUCCGCCAGCAAAGACGAGAACACAUCGCCCAUACCAAUUCUAAAGCCAUGAAACGAGCCAAGCGUACUGAUAUCGUCCAAAAAGAUUUCUUCAGCUUCUUGCUUGAAAAAGAGGGAGCCGAUACCUCGGAAAUGUUUUUGACCGCACAAGCACACACUCUCAUUAUUGCUGGAUCCGAAACCACAGCUGUCACCCUGACGGCCAUGAUUUCUUUCCUGCUCCGUUACCCCGACAAAAUGAAGAUUCUCACUGAUGAAGUGCGCGGGGCUUUUACCGAUAGAUCUCAAAUUAAUCAUGAGAAUACCUUACCUCUCGAAUAUCUCUUCGCCGUUAUUGAAGAAACGCUACGUAUUCUUCCUCCAGUACCAUUUGGCCUUCCUCGCACGUGUCCGGGAGCAGUUAUCGAUGGCCAUGUCGUUCCCGAAGGAACCAUCGUUUCCGUCUCUCCAUAUACCGCAUCCCACGAUGUAAAAUACUGGCAUGAUCCCGAAGGCUGGCAUCCCGAGCGAUGGUUAUCCCCUGAUCACCCUCUACACAAUCCUGUAUUUGAUCAAGAUAACAAAGAGGCAAGUAGGCCAUUUAGCACCGGUCCUCGAGUUUGUUUGGGUGUCAACUUAGCAUAUAUUGAGUUAAGAAUGACGCUUGCGAGAUUGUUAUUUGAAUUCGAUAUGAAGCUGAUGAGCAAACCUGUUGAUUGGAACACUGAACUGGAAUUCUUCCAAUUUUGGAAAAAGGUCGAGACUAGAGUCAAGUUUACCAGUCUUUACUGA